GUGCACUUGGGAAAGGAUUUCAAUGCCUUCAAUUUAAUUUCGCUCCAUUCGCCAUUGAACAGUAACACUUUGCUUUGGGAAGAAAGAGGAAUUGAAAGAGGAAAGUUGCUUUGUCAAACUUCAUUUUGGUUUCCCGCUUAGAUUUUGGUUUCCCCGUUUUCACUAUCUUUGCCCCGUUAUUUUUUUCUACCAGCUGGCACCUUGUCCCCACACAACUUCAACCUGUUUACAAAGAAUGCCAUCCUAUAGGCAUUCCUUGCCAAUAAGUCCUAUGCGUUGAUAGUUAUCCUUCGAUUUUCAGCUGCUAUUCCGUUGAACUAAUUUCGAACUUCAUUCUUAAAAUAAAAAAAAUAAAAAAAUAAAAAAAAAAAAAAAAAAAUUACAAAAAUUACAAAAAAUUUCAAUCUCUUAAAUUAUUGUUUUAAGGUUUCAUUUGUAAAUGGUUAGCGUCGAUAGUAUCGAUUUUAUUAUGAGCAACUUCAAAAAGUCGGGAUUGUUUCCACUUCUUUACUUAGUGAAUCGGUAUAUAGACUCGGGAUGACAAAUUGAGUGUGGCUGAAUUUACACAAGUAAGCAUUUGACAUAGCCUUGUAUUGGAAUUGCCAAUUUUUUUGAAAUUUCCAAUUGAACAACUGUGUAUGACCAUGGUUGCAUGAUAUUUCUAUGUUAUUACCCUGGUUUUUGAAUUGAAUGUUCUGAAAUUCAUGUUAUUUGAUUCGAUUAUGCAGUUAAUGUUAUGUGAAUCUUGUUAUUUGAUAAUGCUAUGAAUUGAUUGGAUUUUGAAAUGCGUCAUCCGAAUUUCAUGUUUAAUUGAUAUGAGUAUUAUUUGAAUCAUCCGAAGUGCAUGUUUUUGUAAUUCAAUAAUGGCAUUUAAUUGGAUGCGUUUAAUUGGUAGAUUAUUAAGUGCUCUUUGAUUGUCAAGCUAAAAUUACUAUUUCCUCUUACCCGGUUUGUGUGAUGAGUUGAAAUGAUCUGAAUUGAACCAGAAUUGACAGGCGUGGCUAUUAUUUUAGAACUAAUUAUGAUGAGUAUUUGAUAAUUUGUUUGAUGUUGGCAAGGGUGAAAAAUGACAAAAACGAAAAAGCAGUCGAAGGUAUGAGCUUGAGUUUAGUCAAAAAUAAUUGUUGACUGGUUGUUUGAGGGAAUGCUGAUCUAAUGUCAAUUAUGUGGUUAUACAAUGUAGGCAACUGGUGGUAAGAGGUCACAACAUAGAGUUGAAGAGAAGGUUGAAACUUCAAUGUUUGGUGAUACGAUACGGGGGCCAAAAUUUUUACAACUGCAUUCCGCAAUCUUUAAGGUUGAAGUUUUAGGUCAUCAGUUCUGUUUUUCUGUAGAUCACUUGAGCUCCAAAUGUGAAAAAUGGUAAACAAUUAUGCAGGACAACCGAUUAAGUGUGUGUGUGUGUGGGGGGGGGGGGGGUCAAGUCAAAGAAAAAGGUGAAGUGCUGAAAUCUCAUUCUUUAAGUCAGACAAAGGUAAGUAACAAAUCUUUUGAUGGUAGUAGUGUUUUAUGCUAAUGAAAUUGGUUGUAAUAUGUUAUUGAUAGUUCAUCUAUUGUUGUAUUAUAGGCAUCGAAUUUGACAUGUCGUAUUGAGUCUUUUGGUAGAAUUUAUCAAAAGUUUGAUGACAAAAGGAAGAAGUGGGUAGGUGAAAUGGGGUUCGGGGGUUUACUAAUUCUAGCUUCAGGCAUGCAUCUUCUAAGACAGUUGGCGUAUUGGUUGCUUAGUCGAGUUGAUCCAAUUAAGAAAAUUUUAACAUCCCCGGAUGGCACAGAGUUCAAAUUGUCACAUAAUCAAGUGUACUAGAUUUUUGGCAUUCCAAAUGGUGGCAAGGUUGUUCCUUCGAAGAGAAGGAUAAAUGAUGAUGUGAAGGGUAAGGUCGAGGAAUUGUCAAGAAAGGAUGGCCAGUCAUGGGAGACAAAAUGCACCAAGUACGAAGGUCGUGUUUACAAUGUCAAAGGAAUUCACGUUAACUCUACAAUAAUGGAUAGAGUGGAAGGUGAUUGGGAGGAUAAGGAUGAAGUUAAAUUUAAGACAUUGUUUCUCCUUCUUUCGCUACACAUGGUUCUCUGUCCUUCGCAAUCUCCACGAAUUUCACCUGAUAUGUUGCCUGCUCUGGCUUGUGCAAAAGAUUAUGGUGAAUAUGACCGGUGCGGGCUUGUUCUAUCCAAAUUUGUAUCCAGUGUCACCUCAUUUGCUAGGAAGUUUUAUUCAAGAGGAUAUGUUGGUGGAAGCGGUGGUUGUUUGUUAUUCAUUGUGGUGUGUACAUUGGAUUAUAUUAGUGGUAAAAUACUUAUUGUGUAUGGGGCAACAAUGCCAUUUCUAAAGCUACUAGGCAGGAUUGUGUUACUGGACAUGGUGAUUUUAGAUCUAUUGGAAUGUUGGAUGUCGCGUAUGGUGAAAGACACCCGUUGGACGCGAGGGAUAGCAAUGGACCUCCUGACUCAAAUACAAAUACCCAGAAGAUUGAUGAAUUGUCUAUUGUCAUUCCAUCACCUAAGCCAAGGCGAAGGAGGGCUACGAAUGGGGUUGGAGAUUCAUGGUUCAAGUCCAAGUAAUUACCAAGUUUGUGUGGCUUAGGUAAUGGAUUUCCUGCUUCUCUUGUAACCAGUUUAUCUUAUCAGUUAAUUUUCGUUAAAUCAAGUUUGAACAAAGCGUCUUAUGAUUGUGUUAACUAGUUUGUGGCAUGAUGUUUCUUUACUAUCGUGAAUUAUAUGUCUUCUGUUCGUUUAGCGUCCUUGAUGUUGAAGCCCAACCGACUUGGGCUUCCUUAUGUUGCCCAUUUGAAUUGGAAAGGGUUUUGCCGUAAUAUGAAUUGAGAACAUUCUUGUUUUGGGUCCAUUUCAGUAU